AUGAAGAUUAUCGUCACUGGUUGUACAGGUCUGGUCGGCUCUGAGGUCGUCCGCUCGGCCAUCAAGCAUCAGUUCAUCACACACGUCUACGCCGUCACUCGCAAACCCCUCGAUCCCAAGAUUGCCAACAACCCAAAGGUCACUCAGAUCAUCCAUGAGGACUUUGAGCAAUGGCCUGAUCACUUGUUGAGGUUGUUUGAGCAUGAGGGUGUUAAGGGAUGUAUCUGGUGCAUCGGCGGCUGGGCCAACAACUUCCCUUCCCUAGAAGAAGCCCAACGCGUCAACAUCGCCCUGCCCCAAACCGCCGCCGAAACCUUUUCGUCUGCUCUCUCUCCCUCUUCCGCCGAAAUCUCGCAAUCCAAAAACAAACGCGGUAUUGCUUUCCGCUUCAUCUACAUGUCCUGCCACGGCGCCGAGCAAAAUCCCUUUGCGUCUCUGUGGUGGAGCGCCGACAGCAGAAAAAUGAAAGGAGCUGCUGAAAAGGGACUGUUUGAGUUGGCGGACACACGCACACCGGGCAGUUUCGAGUGUUAUGCUUUGAGAUUGGGAAAGGUGCUCGCUGGUGGACAGAGUAUUUAUAACUUGGUGACUAUGGGUGGAAGUCAGAGUAUUGCGGAUACCUUGGUCGCGAGGUGUGCAAUCAAUACUGUGCUGGAUGGACGUACCAAGGAGGAAGGAGGCAGGAUUUUGGAGAAUGUGGACUGUUUGGGUGAUGAUUGGGCUCAAAUCAACAGUUUUGCUAUCCAGUAA